CAUAAUUUUAAACAUUAGACGUUUGAAUGUAUUUUCGAACGUAAUUUGACGUCAUCGUAGUAAAGGGGAUUACUUCCGAGUUAAAAGGUUCGAAACGGAUCGUUUUUGAUAUAACUAGAAAUGCGACUACAAUUUCGAAUUACCUCGUUAGACGACUAUUCAACUUCCACCGACUUUAGAGAGAUUUUAGAAAAUCAUCUCGAAAAGUGGAAGUUCUCUGUAGUACAAUGGAUCGAAGAGGAAAAGACAGAAAGACACGACAAUAAACCCGUAUUUGACGAACACGUGAUUCAAGUAGAGUGCAAAAGUAACCGUUUCUUUGCCGACGUGUAUUCCGAAAUGGACAUUUUGGCAACAUACUGGUGCAGGACCGAUAUAAAAUGUUGGUUAACAUUCUCAACCGCCAAAUGUUUUCAUCAUACUAAGAUUGCUUGUCACGAAAACAUCAUUCUAAAUAUGUUUUACUUUGGAACUCUCUGCUCACAAACGCAUUAUGUAAUACACAGAUAUGUGAAAGGAUUUCUGUCGGCAAAUUUUUAUCAUGACGUACGGAUGUUGGAAAUAAGACAUAAAAGGAAUAUUUACGACGAUAACAAUAAUUUAUUAAAAAUAAAAUAUUCGUCCGUAAGGAGAAUUAUUUUAAAUAUAAAGAAAGACUGUGCUUUACUCUUUUUAGAAGUGAAAUAUCCUCCCGUUGCGUAUUCUAGGGGACGAAGAGUUCUAACCUUAGAUGCCAUCGAUAAAGAAGUGCAUGGCAAAUCGACAGCCUUGAUGUUACGUAUUCAAGAUGUAGAAAUUGCUAAAGAAAUAGUUAGUAGAUUUCAUUCAUGUAAUAAUGCAAUGCCUAUUUACUAUGGCUGCAUACAAUUGGAAACAAGAAAAUAUUUGCCAUUGCCGACUUUUAAUUUGAAGAAUUUCGAUUGCACUUACAACUUAUACGCAAUACUUACUAGAAAUUUUGUCUUACAAGAGCAAACUAGAGGAAAUUGGAAAACAUUCAUUAAUCAGAUAGAACAGCAAUGCAACGAAAAUCCAAUUUACUUAGAGAAAGCUUUGGAGUAUAUAUUAGAUUUGCAAGAACGUGGUGUACUCUGCCACUAUCCACGUGCAAUCGAAUUGAUGUAUCAAUGGUAUUGUCAAACAGAUCAUCAAAUUCGUGCAAAAGAUAACGAAUAUACAACGCCUUCUGAUGCCAAAUUGAUUCGGAGAGUAGUUUUGACUCCAACAACAACUUUGUUUUAUCCUCCCGAAUUUCAAUUCAGUAACAGAAUGUUGCGAAAUUUUGAUUCAAAUUACGCACUGCGAGUAUCUUUUCGAGAUGACGACGGUAAGAAAUUGAGUGCGUCAGCAAAUUACAGUGAUGCUGCAUUAUUGGAAUUCGCAGUUACGAUGCCUAUGAUUGAAGGAAUAAAAAUAUGCGCAAGACAUUACAAAUUUUUGGCAUGGUCAAAUUCUCAAAUCAGAGAUCAUAGUGUAUGGAUGUAUGCGGAAGACAAUAAAGGAAAUAAUGCCGAUACUAUUCGAGCAUGGAUGGGUGAUUUCUCGAUAACCAAAAGCGUAUCCAAAUACAUGGCUCGUUUGGGACAGUGCUUUUCACAAACAGAAGACACAGUGAAAAUUCCAUUAGAGCAUCAUUACGUCAUUACAGAGGAUGAUAUUGAAGGUGGAGUAAAUCCUGUUACAGGAAAACCUUACUGCUUUUCAGAUGGAAUUGGCAAAAUGUCUAGACAAUUAGCCGAGAACGUGAGUAUCCACAUUUAUUAUCUUAAUUUAUAAUUACAUAUUUGUAUAUUUGUGUCUAUUAUAAAUGGUUUUUAGAUUUUGUUAUAUGUGAAUGUAAUAAUUCAAAAGUGGUAAUAAUCAAUAAAUAUAUUUUUGACAAUCAAAUAGUUAAACCCAAGUUUUAGUGCUAAUAGACAAAGAAUUUUUCAAAUUACUGUUUUAUUAUUUUUAUUCUGACAAAAAAACAAAAGAUACAAAGAUAUUACUUUUAUCGGGCUUUAAAGUAGGCUAUAAGAGACACAAUACAAUAUUUUGACAAUAUUCGCAAAGCUUUCGGAAACAGUUGGAAAAGGCAUUUUUUGAAAUCGUCUUUAAUAACUAAUCUCAGGCAGGCCCAAAUA